AUGCAGGCCCCGGUGGUGGUGAUGAACACCAACUCUGGUGAAAGACAGGUCGGUCGUAAGGCGCAACUGUCCAACAUCGCCGCUGCGAAGACCGUUGCGGAUAUCAUCCGGUCAUGUCUCGGUCCCAAGGCCAUGCUGAAGAUGCUUCUGGAUCCUAUGGGUGGAAUUGUUUUGACCAACGAUGGACACGCCAUUCUGAGAGAGAUCGAAGUUUCGCAUCCCGCGGCGAAGAGCAUGAUCGAGCUUAGCCGGACUCAGGAUGAGGAAGUUGGAGAUGGAACCACCACUGUGAUCAUCUUGGGUAUUUAUUCAACCGUCCCUCACCUUCGGAGUUCAUUUUUAGAGGUCUCGAUACCCGUGGAUAUUGACGACGAUAAGGCCAUGUACACCUUGAUCCAGUCGUCCAUCGGAACGAAGUUCGUAUCCCGUUGGUCCGAGCUGAUGUGCAGCCUUGCCCUGAAGGCCGUCCGGACUGUUUCUUUCGAUGCGGGUGGUGGAAAGAGAGAGGUUGACAUUAAGCGUUACGCCCGUAUUGAGAAGAUCCCCGGUGGACAGAUUGAGGACAGUGAGGUCAUUGACGGCGUCAUGGUCAACAAGGACAUCACUCACCCCAAGAUGCGGAGAAGAAUCGAGAACCCUCGGAUUAUCCUGCUCGACUGCCCGUUGGAGUACAAGAAAGGUGAAUCGCAGACGAACAUUGAGGUGUCGAAGGAGGACGACUGGAACCGCAUCCUGCAGAUUGAAGAGGAACAGGUGAAGCAUAUGUGUGAUGCUAUCUUGGCUCUCAAGCCUGAUGUGGUCAUCACCGAAAAGGGUGUUUCCGAUCUCGCCCAACAUUUCUUGAUGAAGGCCAACGUCACCGCUCUUCGCCGCGUGAGGAAGACGGACAACAACAGAAUCGCCCGUGCCACUGGCGCCACGAUCGUCAACCGGGUCGAUGACCUCCAGGAGUCCGAUGUGGGAACUGAGUGCGGUCUCUUCGAGAUUGAGAAGAUCGGAGACGAAUAUUUUACCUUCAUGCGGAAAUGCAAGAACCCCAAGGCUUGCACCAUUCUUCUCCGGGGACCGUCGAAGGACAUUAUCAACGAAGUUGAGCGGAACCUUCAGGACGCCAUGUCCGUUGCCCGCAAUGUGAUCUUCCACCCUCGUCUCUCUCCCGGUGGUGGUGCCAUUGAGAUGGCCGUUUCCGUCAAGCUGAGCCAGCUGGCCAAGUCGGUGGAGGGUGUCCAGCAAUGGCCGUACAAGGCCGUGGCCGACGCCAUGGAGGUUAUCCCCCGCACAUUAGCACAGAACGCCGGCGCCAGCCCCAUCCGUGUUCUCACUCGGAUGAGAGCGAAGCAUGUUGAGGGCCAGACCACGUGGGGUCUGGACGGCGACUCGGGUGCCCUGGUCGACAUGAAGGAGUAUGGUGUUUGGGAGCCUGAGGCUGUUAAGCUUCAGAGCAUCAAGACUGCAGUCGAGUCUGCAUGCCUCCUUCUCCGUGUCGAUGAUAUUUGCAGCGGCAAGUCCGCACAGCAGGCGGGUGCUAACAUGGGUGGAGGGGACGAGUAA